CACAACUUUCCGCAAAGUAUCAAUUCCACGACUUCGACUGAAGAGAAGAUGAUGCCAGGGGUAAUUCUAGCCUCCCUUGUGCUGGCCGUUACAGCUCAGGCAACCUCUGAACUAGGACGGUACGCCACGAUCAUUGAAGCCCGGGAUGUGAAGAAUAACAAUUCCUACGAUUUCGUGAUUGCCGGUGGUGGUAUUGCAGGACUGACGGUGGCCGACCGACUGACUGAGAAUCCUAGAGUCAAAGUACUCGUCAUUGAGUAUGGCCCUCUUGACCAGCGCGAAGAUGGGGUCAUGGUACCGGGUGCUUAUUUUCCUGUGCCAUACCUGUGGCUUCCCCUUAUGAGCACGCCACAAGCUGCAUUGAACGGCACAUCGUACAGCGUGCCAUGCGGGCGCGCCGUUGGUGGAGGCUCUGUCGUCAACGCUAUGUUCUUCCAUAGAUCUGAUGCAAGCUUUUACGACACCUGCGAUGCGCUAGGUGCCCGUGGAUGGUCUUGGACGAGCAUGUUGCCAUACUUCAAGAAGAGCGAGACUUUCAGUCGACCAGACCAGAACUACGCCGCAGAGCACAACAUCACCUGGGAUGACACCGUACAUGGCUUCGAUGGGCCUGUGCAAGCGAGCUAUGCACCGUAUGACUACCCAGGAAGUGUGAACUUUUACAAUGGAGCGGUCAGCAUGGGCAUCAAGCCAGCGGAAGAUCCAAACAACGGCAACGCGCAAGGCAUCUUCCGUCUGCAGCGUUCAAUCGACGCGAAGACUCAAACGAGAUCUUCUGCGCGAGUCAAUCGCUACGAUGGAGACAUUGCAAGGCCCAACUAUCAUAUCCUGACUAACACAGCUGUAGCACGAGUUCUGUUCCAAGGUAGUACUGCUAUAGGAGUGGAUUUCGUUGGCGUAGCAGGUUCUAUCAAUGGCACUGUCAAAGCGGACAAAGAGGUCAUCGUAGCGGCCGGAGCUGUUCACACGCCACAGCUUCUACAACUGUCUGGUGUCGGCGAUACAGCUUAUCUAAAGAAGUUUGGCAUCAAGUCUGUCGUAGACCUUCCCGGUGUCGGCCAGAAUCUGCAGGAUCACCUGGUCCUAAAAGUCAAUUACAACUAUACCUCCAACCAUUUUCCGAACGGUGGCUCCUUGCAGUCCAAUGCUACGUACGCAGCCGAACAGCGAGCACUGUACAACACCGGUACACCUAGCGCGUACGACCUUACUGCUACGACAGGUAACCUUAUGAUCCAACUACCGCUGUCAAAUUGGACGGAUGAUGGCUUUUUAAUCACCGAAACAGCCAAAGCUCAGAGUCCUGCUACGUUGUUAGGCGGCAAUCCCGACCCCAGAGUUCUUCGAGGGUUCAAGAAGCAGCGGAAAGCUAUACUCGAGAACAUCAAUACGGCAGUCGUCGGUGGUGUAUCUUGGAACACGGGUCCUGAGACCAGCAUCUACAUGACUCGUCCUUUCAGUCGAGGGUCUAUCAAGAUCAACUCGACAUCUAUUCUGAAUGCGCCGCUUAUUGAUUACGGUGCUCUCACGGACUCGACAGACCUUGAGAUUUUGCAUGCGGUGUACAUGAAAAACCACGAGCUCAUGUCUACGCCAGAUGUUUCUGUACUCGGUCCUAUCGAGACGGCGCCAGCGCCUGGCAUCAACAGCGCAAAGGCAAUCAAGGACGCCAUCAAGAAGGCUCUUGCGCCGAGUAAUGCGCAUCAGUGUUGCACGGCUGCCAUGAUGAGUCGUGAAGACGGCGGCGUUGUUGAUCCGCAAAACAGGGUGUACGGUACAAAGAGACUGAGCGUCGUGGACGCGAGCAUCUGGCCGCUUGUUGUAGGCGGUGGGCCACAAGCUAGUGUUUAUGCUGGUGCUGAGAAAGCUGCGGACCUGAUCCAGAGGCGCCACGGCUUGGUGUGAUAAGGAUGUCUGAUUUGAG